GCCGCAGUCAUCAUGUCAGUGUCCCCGGUAACAGACCUCAGCUGGUCGGUGGUCCCCAUGACUCCUGUAUACGGUAACGUCACAAAGGUGCAGCGUGACGCUCUGCUGGCGGUUGCCGAGGUUGUGGUGCUGGCGGUGAUCUUGGUGAUGGCGUUGCUCGGUAACGGGCUGGUGCUGCUGGUGUUGCUAAGGCGGAGACGCCAACAGAACCCGCUGCACCGCUUCAUGAUCAACCUCUGUUUAGCUGACCUGGUGGUGGCGCUGUUCCAGGUGCUGCCCCAGCUGGUGUGGGAUGCAAAAGGCAGAUUCCCUGGCCCGGACUUCCUGUGCCGGCUGGUGAAGUACCUGCAGGUCCUCGGGAUGUUCGCCUCGUCCUACAUGAUCGUUGCCAUGACGGUGGACCGGCACUACGCCAUCUGCUGCCCCCUGCUGGCGCACCGCAGCUGGGCCACGCAGCGCUGGAACAGCUUCAUCCUGCUGGCCUGGGGGCUGUCGCUGGUGCUCAGCCUGCCACAGGUGUUCAUCUUCUCCCGCUCUGAACGGUCUCCAGGAGAAUACGAUUGCUGGGGGAACUUUGCUGAGUCGUGGGGCCUCAAGGCCUACGUCACCUGGAUGACUCUGGCGGUCUUCGUCCUCCCCGUCCUCAUCAUCACCGUCUGCCAGGUACGAAUCUUCAAGGAGAUCCAUAACAACCUGUACCUGAAGUCGGACCGCCGCCUCUCCCCUGCCUCCCUCUCCCCCUCCAGACGGGACAGCCAGAGAGGAGAAGGAGUCAGAAGGAGGUCAGAUCUCCCCCUGUAUGUUUCACCCCUCGUGUUCAAAAACCCCUUGAAUGACAGCAGUUUUAGCCCCGCCCCCGUCUACCAGCCGUCCAACAGCGUCACCUCACACAGCGACAACACCUACACUGCUGACUAUGAGGGGAAACAUGUUGAUGUAGAGGAGACAUGGAAACGUGGAUUUUGCAUAAUAGUGUCUGCUAAUAAUCACGGCUUCCUGUCUGUGGAGCUGCAACCUGACGUGCUGCCGGGCCCUGCAGCGCCCCCUGCUGCCUGCGGCCCCAAAGCCCCCCCGCUUAAAGCCCCCCCACUCACAGCCGAGGCCCGCGGUGGGGGGGUAUCAGCGGCCAUGUCGAAGACGGUCAGGAUGACGCUGGUCAUCGUGCUGGUCUACUCGCUCUGCUGGGCCCCCUUCUUCAGCGUCCAGCUGUGGGCCGCCUGGGACCCCCACCCCCCUCAGAACGAUGCGGUGUUCACCCUGCUGAUGCUGCUGGCUAGUCUGAACUCGUGCACUAACCCCUGGAUCUACUCGGCCUUCUCCAGCAGCGUCUCUCCGGAGCUCCGCCUGCUGCUGCUCUGCCGCUCCGCCUCGCAGCGCCGCGGCUCCCUGCCCAGUGACUCCACCACCACCACACACAACUCCAACUACUGAACACACACACACACACACGUGCAAAUCCUGAAAAGUCUUUAUCUUAAAAACUAGAGCUUCCUUUUUCUUGUUUGAAUAAUAGUUAGGGAAAUACAUUUUGUUUCUUUUACAGAUUAAUAUAAAGUCAUUUGUACAUUUUAAUAUCUUAAGUGAAGUUUAGAGGUUCUGAGAAGCAAAUCAUGUUUGCUAAGCUGCUUUAAUUUAAGAAUGAAUUAUGUUUUCCUGCAGGAAUUCACCGCUGCUUCCUCAGUCCGGCACAAACCCACAUAUAAAACCACUAAUUGUCAGAUGACUUAAGUGUGCUUUACACUGUUAAGGUAGCCAUUUACAGAACUGCUUGAUCAUUGAUAUAGAAAAUAAGGCUAGUUAUAUAUUUCACAUGUAAAACUCUCCCUGAAAGAAACAGAUAGUUUAGAUACAAACUGCUGUAAUGCAUUUUUAUAAAGUGUAAUUAUAGUAAAUAUUCGGGUGAUAUUUCAGGAACUGACUUGAUUAAAAACAUUCCCUUUCAGAACAGAACAAAUUCAAUGAGAUAUGUUUUAAAAACAGUUUAUUCAUCCCCUCAAAAGUCCUAAAAACAGUCCAUACAUACAAAUUCACAGAAAAACAUCUCCAUGAAAAAAAAAACAUUUUCUACAAACUUAACACAAUGAUUUGUUCUUGUAUUUAUUUAUUUGUAAAGACGAAAAUGUGCUUCUGCAGUACCGUUUAAAAAUAAAUCUUGCACUGGAUGAAAACUAACAUUCACAUGUUUCAAUAAAAUGUUUUAGUUGUU